AUGGCAGCAAAAUACCUCUCCGCCGCCAACGCAGCAGCUUUAGAUAAAGACCUCAUGUCUCUCGGAGCAUUUUCUCUCGAUCAAUUGAUGGAGUUGGCGGGAUUGAGUGUUUCGCAAGCAGUAUACAAAGUCCAUCAUCCCUCCAAAGGUCGAAGAAUUCUCGUCGCAUGCGGACCCGGAAACAAUGGAGGCGAUGGUCUAGUAGCAGCUCGUCAUCUCUGGCACUACGGUUACAAACCCACAAUCUACUAUCCCAAACAAGGAAAAAAUGAACUCUAUCAACGUCUCUCUACUCAACUCCGCAAUCUUUCGAUUCCAUUUACCGAUGAUUUUUCGGAAGCUCUGAAAGAAUCUGAUCACAUCGUUGAUGCUAUAUUCGGUUUCUCCUUCUCCGGCAGCAUCCGCGACCCCUUCCCCUCCAUAAUCCGCGCUCUAGAAACCACUUCCCUCCCCAUAACAUCCAUUGACGCGCCCUCAUCCUGGGACAUCGCCACUGGUCCUCCAUCUUCCGGUCCCGGCGCAAACUUCAUGCCGCAGUAUCUGAUUAGUUUGACGGCGCCGAAACCUUUGGUGAGGUUCUUUAAGGGGAGACAUUUUUUGGGUGGGAGAUUCGUGACUCCCGAAAUUUCCGAGAAAUAUAAUCUCCAACUCCCAGAAUACGAGGGGGUAGAUCAAAUUGUUGAGGUACCGGUUCAGGAGGAAGAGAAAUUAUAA